UCCAAUUUAACUAAACAAACUGAUCAGUUUGAUUCAAAUGAGGAUUUUAAUACCUUCGUUGAAGAUUGUAUUAAUAUACCUGCUAUUUUGGUUAAAGACCAACAGGAAUAUGAUGAUGAAACUACAAGUUCUAGUUCCAGUAACAAAGAAAACUUCAUUGUAGUUGAAAAUCCGAUAUUAUAUCCAAAGAAGGGUGCCCCAAGAAAAAAGCAGUUUAAAGCAUCUAAUGAAUUAGAAAAAAA